GGGCAUUAAUGUUUUUCCAUGCAGUGCAAUAUAUGGCUAUGAUCUAAGUAUCUCAUCAUUGGAUGCAACUUUGGGGUUAGAGCAGAUCAAGAAGGGCUGCCUUGUUUUAUAGAUGAGCUGGAAUCUAUACAUGUAUCAUCCUGCUGCUGCAUGCUGAUGUUCCUGGGCUGGAGCUAUCACCAUUAUAAAGCAGACAUGCAACUGCGUGGGCCACAUUCGAAUGUAGACUACUAAGUAGUCAGAGGCUCUGCCCUCCUCUGGUAGUAGUCAGAGUAACUUAGUCUACGGUAAAGAUCCAUACAUGAAUACACUAAAAAUGAAAAUUAGUAAUGCUGUAUUUCUACAGACGACCCUUUCCCGCUCAAGACAAAACCCCGGGAGUGACAACAUGAUUAUGUCUCCUGAGGUUUUCCCUGGCUUUUUUGCUCCACAUAAGAUACAUUUUCACGAUUGCUAAUUUUUUUCUUUACGAAACCCUGUGUUAUUAUUGUGGCUGACGAGGGUCUUAAGGAAGCUUGUAGAGUUUAUCGAGUCAGAUCCCCCCUGGGACCUCUGGUACAUCCCAUCCGUCAAGAUGGGGUGGACAGUGGUGAAUACCUACUCAUUUUCAGGGCAAAGCUGAGAACUCCUUGCAGGAAAAGGUUUCUCUAGUACCUGUUCAGUUUUGGACUGUGGCUUUCCUCCGACUGUUACCAAUGGAUCUCCUGGGACACCAACAUUUGGGACAACAUUUGGAGGAACAAUGUUUUACAUGUGCAAUAGCGAUAGAUACCAUAUGUCAGGAUCAGCCACUGUGACCUGUGAGGCUAGUGGGAGUUGGAGCACAAGACCAACUUGCUCAGCCAUCUGCAAUGACCAUCAAAUUGAGAAUGGUGACAUCGACUAUCAUCCUGAUAUGACACCGAGAACAGAGGAAACCAUUGCCUUGUACUCAUGUGUAUCUGGUUACCAGCUGUCUGGUGUAAUAUUGACGACCUGUGUUGACAGUAAAAGUGGAAUGGGUGGAGAGUGGACUGGAUUAAUGCCAAGUUGUAUAGCAAUCUGUGAUAGUCUCACCCCCAACCACGGAGUGAUUAGCUAUAGUCCACCUACUACUCCCAGACUGGAGGGAGGUGUGGCUACACACAACUGUGAUGAGGGAUACGGACUGUCUCCUAGCGUGAGAACAAGAACAUGUCAGCCCGACAGGACGUGGAGUGGAGAGGAAAUCACUUGCCAACGUAUCAGGUGCUCUGCUCUCCGUAGUGUUAUGAAUGGAACCAUCAGUUUUCCUAGUGGUACUACUGCACCAUAUGACUAUGAAACAACAGCUACGUAUCAAUGCAACCGUGGACAUGUGUUAACAAAUGGAAACAGAGUGAGGACCUCUUCUGGUGAUGGUAGCAGUCCUACUGGUCAGUGGGAUAGUACUGCUCCUCAAUGUCCACCUGUAGACUGUGGGACCCCUCCGUCUAUUACCAAUGGAUCUCCUGCAGGGAUACCAACAACCACAACAUUCACAGGAACAGUGACCUACAGCUGUAAUGAUGGCUAUGCACUCUUUGGGAUUGCUACAAGUACUUGUCAGGCAAAUACAACCUGGAGCAGACCACCAGAAUGCAGAGCCAAUGUAACUGCACUGGCCUGUACUGAUCUGAUGGAUCUAGUCAAUGGAGGUAUCACUUACGAUAUGGAGACCAUUAAUAACAGACCAGUGGACACUGUGGCCACCUACACCUGUAAUACUGGCUACACUCUCAUUGGAGGCAGUACCAGUACUUGUGGGAGUGAUGGAGUGUGGAGUGGGUCACCUCCAAAGUGUGAAGUCAUUAUGUGUCCUCCUCUACUGACCAUUACCAAUGGCACCAUCUCCUACUCUCCUGAUGUCACCCCUGACUAUGACCUGGGAACUGAGGCAACCUACACUUGUGAGGCUGGAUUCUAUCUUGAGGGUAAUGAGGUACGAGUGUGUAUGGAUGAUGAUGGAAUGGACGCCAUUGGAGUGUGGAGUGGUCAGGAGCCAAGCUGUGUCACCAUUGAGUGUCCUUCUUUACCGGAUAUUACAAAUGGUAUGGUAUCCUACGAAUCUGACAAUUCGGAUAACUUAGCCCUGAGAACUGUGGCCACCUACAGCUGUACCGCUGGGUUCUUCCUGGAUGUGUCUGAAGGAGAUGAAGUUAGGACCUGUUUAGACGAUGAUGGAAUGGACACCAUUGGAAUGUGGAGUGGUCAGGAGCCAAGCUGUGUCUUCGUCCCUCCUCCUGUACGCUCAGUGUUGUUCCAACUCAGACUCACCAACAUUAACAACUGUCCUGACUGGGUGGAUCAGGAUGGGAGGAUAGAAGCUGUGAUGAGUGUGUUUGCUGCCGAGGUGGAGAGUCACUGUGGGUGUGGUUUCUCAAGCAUGGUCAUGACUACCCCUUUCUUCCGCUGCUUCCCUGGGUCGGACAGAGCUGUCACAUUCCGAGCCUUUCUAACCGAUUCCAGGCUCCUCACUCCCAUACAGGAUGGAUACAAACCAAUGGAUUCAUUCCCAUUCAGAAUGUACUGAUUGAGGUGGACAAGUCUUGUCCGGUGCAGAUAUCCAGCCUUGCAGACACAGAGUGCACCAAUCAGCCUACAGCUGCAGGGAGCAGUGACAUAGCCGCUGUAGUAGGUGGAGUGGUGGGAGGAGUUGUCAUUGUUCUUAUCAUUGUAGUUGGCAUUGUUGUGAUAGUGAUCGCUUAUUUUGUGUUCAAGAACAAGAGAGAGAAGCUAACCGUCAACAAAACAGCUAAACCUAACCUACCACCAGUGUCACUAAAGGGUGUGGUCAAUACUAGUGAAAUACAACCAUACGAGAUGAUGGAAAUGGGUCACGAAUACGAGGAAGUGUCGAAGUUCCAACAAGCCGUCGGUGGAGAGUACGAGAUCAUUAGAGCACCCUCACAGACAACUGGCUCCGAGAGCAAGGCUGCUAUAAAGACUGAGUCAUCACCACCCACUCCACCCACUCCACCCACACCACAACCCUCACAAGUGACUAAGGCUGCCGGAAAUGAUAUUGAGUUUACAGAGUGUGUUGCUUACAGCACGACCACCCACAGUCGCCCCCCACAGCCUACAGGCUUAUGAACUAUAACAUGAAACUGCAAACUGAUAGUAAUACUGUUGACUGCUCUAUAGCAAUUAUUAAUGAUACGUUUAUUUGCUUGUAUUUGCAU